AUGCCCGCCUCCGACCGCUUCCACCGUGCAGCAAGGCUCUUGUCCCCGUCGCGUCACAGUCCCGAGCCAGAGCAGGACCACCGGUCCCCUUUCCGUCGAGCACGUCGCGGUACUCGCGUUUCUGACCAUAUCAAUUUGCCUCGGGCACCUAGCCCUUCGUACACAUACCCUCGGUCUCCCCGAAGGAGUACCAGCCACUCGAGGACGUCGAGAAGAACAACGGAAGCCACAUACAACGAAGACGCGCUCGCGUCCAAUCCCUUCACUACCACUACCACACCAAGCCCACGAAGGAGGCGACGGGGGCUUUUCCCAGAGAUGCUUCCAGGAUCGCGACCUCCGAUCCCUCCUGAAGAGUUGUCUGAAGUCUACGGAAGAAUCGACGACGAGACCAGUCUGGUCGACGAAGUGGAUGGUGAGGAAUUCGACGAGCCGCUGGACGGUGAUGUGGAUGAGCCUAAUCAUAUAUCGAAUUACUUGGACAAUUAUACGGAUGAGUUGCAUCGUAGGAGACUCAGUGAUUAUGCUAGGGACGAGCAACGACUGAAAAGCGUUACUGCCAGGGAUGCUCCCGUCUUCAGCAAAGCCAAAGUCGGUAUUAGAGGAGGCUUAAGUGCGGGAAAUCUACAACGGCGUGACAGGGAAUCCCAGCCUCUAAGUGAAGAGGGAGAAGAUGGCGGAUUUGAACCUCCGGUCAACAUCCCGUCUAAUUGGAGUUCUCGAUCCAAUAACCUUCACCGUUGGAAUAGGGAGAACGGAAUUGGAUCCCAGGAUGAAGAGUCCGAAUACGAUCCACUCCGAGAAACGAGACGUGAAAUUAAUUUGAAUACAAAAACACGGCGGAUAUCCGACCACCUUCAUAGACAGGACAAAACAAAUGGUCUAGUGACUGGUACUCACGGCGAACCAGAAAAUGAUCUGGGGGGCGAUGAUGUAUCCAAGGAUCUAUUCUCUAUACAGGACCAGAAAUUAACAGAAGAAACUCCAGUCUUUGACGUCCCAGUCACCAUUUACAAGAGUUCUACGUUUAACAAACCCAGCCCAAGGAAAAGAGACUCCCAAGAUCUACUCCGCAGGUUGGCACGGGCGGAAAGUCCAGGUCAAUUGAAGACGCCAGAGCCACAGAAGCCCCCGGGCCCGCGAAUCUAUGAUAAAACACCCGUUGUAACGGGUGCAUACAUAGACACCCCGAUGACCGAGCGGGCAGCAGAACCUCCAGAAGAUUUGUCGAAGGCUGUUAUCAAAUCGGAUGAGGAGCCUCAAGAGCUGUCUCAGCGGUCGGAAUCCCAGGUCGACCUGAAGCCCAUACUAGAAGUGCAAUCGUAUAAGGAUAGAGCGAAGCCACCUUUAAAAAGACCAAAAUUACCGAAGAGCGGCCUAGAAGCGAUUAUCGAGGAUUCCAAAUCUGGCGGUCUUUCCGACCCCUUGGGCGACAGUACAAUCGAGUCCCUGGAGGGACUUAAAGAGUCGAAUCAACAUAAAACAGGCGAAGGUGAGGAAGAGAGUUCAGAUGAUGCAUAUCUGAAGGCUGUUGAGGAAGAUCUAGCACGGGAAGCUAAGCAACCAGAGCGCGAACCAAACGCAGAACUCGAGGAACUGAAAGCGCAGCGCCAGGCUUUGUUGGACAGGAUCGCUCAAAUAGAAAAGGAUCCCAGCAGUCUGGAAAAGCGACCUCUUCUGAAUGAAAAGGAACCAAGCCAUUCAUCCGAUGAAGCUGGGGGAAAAGAGCACAUACAGACGAAGCCUACCUGCUACCCUGGUCAGCGCUGUGAGAAAUGCGGCGCGUACAAUGACGGCCGUAUAUACAUUGCUGUUCCUCUUCCAAGAUUGUGGAGGCGCGAUCCACUAUCUCGACGCAUCCGACUUACUCCCCUGGGCUGGUGCACCCUGCUUUUCAUCUUCUGGUUCUGUUCCGAGUCGACUAUGUGUGACUAUUACUGCCAUCCCCUGAUCGCGGAAGUCUGUGAGGGUAACUGCCUAAUGUCAAACGCGCCAAAAUUUCCCUUUGUGAUUCCGACAAUGUUAUGGCGCUGGCUGCACCUCGAGGCAAUCUUCACUCCGAUCUUGGCCAUUACCGUUGCGUUCUUCCGCUUGAUACUACAAGUCCUGGGAUUCUGGGAUGGUUUCGUAGACGAACCACAUUCUACACAUUUGAAUCUACCAACAGACUUGAAAACGGCUAUCCAUGGCAGCAGUGUGACCGAUAUCCCUGUCCCCGGGAUUUCCACUACACCCAAGGUGGUGGUCUCUCAAACCGCAACUUCUCAGGAACCAUGGCCUGGAUACGACGAAUUCGCAUUUAAACUCCAAGAAAGCCGGGACUUUCAACGCGGCAACAUGAGAUGGGAUGAUUCUAUGGAAGAUGAUGAAUAUAUCUAGCAAAUGAGCCAAGCUGCCUCCCUAGGUAUGUACAUAUUUAAGAGGGGUUUGCACAGUCCUUCCCUGACACUUUUAUUUCUCAAUGAUUACUUUCCCCCCAUUUUUCAUCUAUUAUUCCCCCCUGUCCAACGUCUUCGUUCUUCUUUCGAUGCAUGCAUUGUCCUGGAGUUUGCAGGUUACGGUUCGGGGGAUAACAGGAGGAGAUAAAUGGGUUUGAAAUGUCUGGAUUCACAUACUACAUGCCUCAUGAAUGGUGAAAUUAGCUAGGCGUUGCGUUUUCAAUUCAUUUUUGUGUCUUUUAUUUUCCGCCUUCAUCCCCAUUAUUCUUCGAUACUCCCAAAAGUCUGUUUAACCUUAUGUCCU